AUGGCCUCUCCCGCACACGACCACAGCGAGAAAGGCAAGCUCAACAGAAUGAGACGCGAGUCCACGGUGCUCGGCCCCAUGAACAAGAUUCUCGUGGCCAACCGUGGCGAGAUCCCCAUCCGGAUCUUCAGAACCGCCCACGAGUUGUCCAUGCAAACCGUGGCCAUCUACGCGCACGAGGACCGGUUGUCCAUGCACAGAUUGAAGGCCGAUGAGUCGUACGUGAUCGGCAAGAAGGGCCAGUACUCGCCCGUGCAGGCGUACUUGCAGAUCGACGAGAUCAUCAACAUCGCCAAGAAACACAACGUCAACAUGAUCCACCCGGGCUACGGCUUCUUGUCGGAGAACUCCACCUUCGCCCGCAAGGUCGAGGAGGCCGGCAUUGCGUGGAUCGGGCCUUCCCACGAGACCAUCGACGCGGUCGGCGACAAGGUGUCGGCCAGAACGUUGGCCAUUGCCAACGACGUGCCCGUUGUGCCCGGCACGCCCGGCCCCAUCGACUCCACGGAGGAGGCCAAGGCGUUUGUCGAGAAGUACGGCUACCCCGUGAUCAUCAAGGCCGCGUUUGGCGGUGGUGGCCGCGGUAUGCGUGUCGUCAGAGAGGGCGACAACAUCGAGGACGCGUUCACCCGCGCCCGCUCCGAGGCCUUGACCGCGUUCGGCAACGGCACGUGUUUCAUUGAGCGCUUCUUGGACAAGCCCAAGCACAUCGAGGUGCAGUUGCUUGCGGACAGCUACGGCAACGUGAUCCACUUGUUCGAGCGUGACUGUUCGGUGCAGAGAAGACACCAGAAGGUGGUGGAGAUUGCGCCCGCCAAGAACUUGCCCAAGGCCGUGCGUGACGCCAUCUUGACGGACGCCGUGAAGUUGGCGCGCUCCGCCAACUACCGCAACGCGGGCACGGCCGAGUUUUUGGUGGACACGCAGAACAGACACUACUUCAUCGAGAUCAACCCGCGUAUCCAGGUGGAGCACACCAUCACCGAGGAGAUCACGGGCGUGGACAUUGUCGCGGCGCAGAUCCAGAUCGCCGCGGGCGCGUCCUUGCAGCAGUUGGGCUUGCUCCAGGACAAGAUCACCACGCGUGGUUUCGCCAUCCAGUGCCGUAUCACCACCGAGGACCCCGCCAAGAACUUCCAGCCGGACACCGGUAAGAUCGAGGUGUACCGUUCGGCCGGAGGUAACGGCGUGCGCUUGGACGGCGGCAACGGUUUUGCCGGCUCGGUGAUCUCGCCACACUACGAUUCCAUGUUGGUCAAAUGCUCGUGCUCCGGGUCCACGUACGAGAUUGCGCGCCGGAAGAUGUUGCGUGCGUUGAUCGAGUUCCGUAUCAGAGGCGUCAAGACCAACAUUCCGUUCUUGUUGGCCAUGCUCACCAACGAGACGUUCAUCAAGGGCGACUGCUGGACCACGUUCAUCGACGACACGCCCUCGUUGUUCCAGAUGAUGAGCUCGCAGAACAGAGCCACCAAGUUGUUGUCCUACCUCGGCGACAUGGCCGUCAACGGCUCGUCCAUCAAGGGCCAAAUGGGCCUCCCCAAGCUCACCACCGAGGCCUUGAUUCCCGUGUUGCACGACUCCACGACAGGCGCCGCCAUCGACGUCGACGCCCCCGUGCCUCCCAGAGGCUGGAGACAGGUGCUCCUCGAGGUCGGCCCUGCGGAGUUUGCCAAGCGCGUGCGCCACUUCGACGGCACCUUGAUCACCGACACCACUUGGAGAGACGCGCACCAGUCGUUGUUGGCUACACGUGUCAGAACCAUCGACCUCUUGAACAUCGCGCCCACCACCGCCUACGCGUUGAACGGUGCAUUCUCUUUGGAGUGCUGGGGUGGAGCCACGUUCGACGUCAGCAUGCGCUUCCUCCACGAGGACCCUUGGGACCGCUUGAGAAAGUUGCGUGCGUUGGUGCCAAACAUCCCCUUCCAGAUGUUGUUAAGGGGUGCCAACGGUGUGGCCUACUCGUCGUUGCCCGACAACGCCAUUGACCAGUUCGUCAAGCAGGCCAAGGACAAUGGAGUGGACAUUUUCCGCGUGUUCGACGCGCUCAACGACUUGGACCAGUUGAAGGUCGGAGUCGACGCCGUGAGAAAGGCCGGUGGUGUCAUCGAGGCCACUGUGUGCUACUCCGGCGACAUGUUGCAAGCCGGCAAGAAGUACAACUUGGAGUACUACUUGUCUGUGGUGGACAGAAUCGUCGAAAUGGGCACGCACUUCUUGGGCAUCAAGGACAUGGCCGGCACGUUGAAGCCCAGAGCCGCGGCGCUCUUGGUGGGUGCCAUCAGAGCCAAGUACCCCGACUUGCCUAUCCACGUGCACACGCACGACUCCGCCGGUACUGGUGUGGCCAGUAUGGACGCGGCCGCCAAGGCCGGAGCCGAUGUUGUGGACGCCGCAUCCAACGCCAUGUCUGGUAUGACCUCGCAGCCUUCCAUCAGUGCCUUGAUUGCUUCCUUCGAGGGCGACACGAAGCACGGCUUGGACGAAAACUUGGUCCGCGAGUUGGACAACUACUGGGCGCAGAUGAGAUUGUUGUACUCGUGUUUCGAGGCCGACUUGAAGGGCCCCGACCCCGAGGUGUACCAGCACGAGAUCCCUGGUGGCCAGUUGACCAACUUGAUCUUCCAGGCCCAGCAAUUGGGCUUGGGCGAGAAGUGGUUGUUGACCAAGGAGAACUACAAGGUCGCGAACCGUCUUUUGGGAGACGUGGUCAAGGUCACGCCCACCUCCAAGGUCGUGGGCGACUUGGCCCAGUUCAUGGUUUCCAACAACUUGACCGAGGAGGACGUGUUGAAGUUGGCGCCUGAGUUGGACUUCCCCGACUCGGUGUUGGACUUCAUGGAGGGCUUGAUGGGUACGCCUUACGGUGGUUUCCCCGAGCCUUUGAGAACCAACAUGUUGGGCAACAAGAGGCCUAAGUUGAGCCUGAGACCGGGCUUGACCUUGAAGCCAAUCGACUUUGCUCAGGUGAGAGAGGAGUUGGUGUCUCGUUACGGCAACAGAGUCUCUGAGACUGAUAUUGCGUCCUACGUGAUGUACCCUAAGGUCUACGAGGCGUUCCGCGCCAUGGUGGAGAAGUACAGCGACUUGUCGGUGUUGCCAACACGUUACUUCUUGAAGCCCUUGGACGUCAGCGAGGAGAUGGUGGUGGACAUUGAGCAAGGUAAGACCUUGAUCAUCAAGUUGUUGGCCGUUGGCGAGAUCUCCAAGGCCACCGGUACUCGCGAGGUGUUCUUUGAGUUGAACGGUGAGAUGAGAUCCGUCACUGUGGACGACAAGAAGGUGUCUGUGGAGACCAUCUCCAGACCAAAGGCCUCGCAGCCAAAUGAUGUGGGUGCUCCUAUGGCUGGUGUGAUCAUCGAGACCCGCGUCAAGAAGGACCAAGAGGUCAAGAAGGGUGACCCUAUCGCCGUGUUGAGUGCCAUGAAGAUGGAGAUGAUCAUCAGCUCGCCUGUGAGCGGCAAGGUGGGCGACAUCUUGGUCAAGGAGGGCGACUCGGUGGACUCUGGAGACUUGCUCACCAGUGUCCUUAAGUAA